AUGACGAAGCCUCUUGGUUUGACAUGUUUCUGUAAAGUUACUUUUAAUAAAGGAACAAAAAGGAUUUGUGAAAAUUGUAACCAAGAAUGUUUAGCUACAACAUAUUGUGAAAUUUGUGUUCGAAAUUAUUUAAAAGCAAAAUUUUCAAAUUGGACAUCUGGAAAUGUUAUUAUUGAUAAUUUGAUACAAGAAUGUCAAAUGAAAACAAUUGUCCCAUAUCUAAUACCAGAGUGGAUUUCAUAUAAUAAUCUACAAAAUAUUAAAUACCUAACAAAAGGUGGAUUUUCAGAAAUUUAUACAGCAGACUGGACUAAUGGGAAUUUUAUCGAAUGGGAUUCUGAAGGGCAACAAUUAAAAAGAUUUGGAAGUCAUUAUGUAGUACUUAAAAGAUUAGAAAAUGUUGAAAAUGCAAAUCAAAAUUGGAUUGAAGAGGCUAAAUCACAUUUAAAUAUAAGCAAUAAAUGGACUGAAAUUGUCCAAUGUUAUGGAAUAACACAAAAUCCAUCAAAUGGAGAUUAUAUGCUUGUAAUGAAUAAGUUGGAUAUAGAUUUAAGAAAAUAUUUACAACAAAAUCAUAAUCAACUUACAUGGAAAGAAAGAAUUCAAAUUACUGUUUAUAUAAUUGAAGCACUGUCAAGUAUUCAUAAUGAAAACGCAAUUCAUAGAGAUUUGCAUUCUGGAAAUAUAUUAUUUAAAACUAGAUUUAGUAUUAGUGAUCUUGGAUUUUGUGGACCUGCAGAUAAACCAUUAAAAAGUAUAUAUGGAAAUCUUCCUUAUAUAGCGCCUGAGGUUAUUGUUGGAAAAGAAUAG